AUGAAAAAAUCAAAAAACUCGGUUUCAAAAUUGAUAGCUCAGAUUUAUCAAGCUUUGUUGCUGAAAAGUGGAAAUCAUUACCUCAAGAGCAAAAAGAAAUUUUUGAAAAUAUUAAGCAAAAUCUUCUUCAACGACGAAAGGCAACAAAUAUUUUUCGUAAUAGACCACCAGAAGCUUGGACAAUUUUCUAUUACUAUGUAGUUAAAAAGAUCAAACAACAUGGUUUCCAAAUCGAUAGUUCAGAUUUUGAUAAAUCUGUUUCCGAAAAGUGGAAAUCAUUACCUCAAGAUAGAAAAAAAAUUUUCGAGAAUAUUAAGCAAAGUCUUCAACAAGCUUAUAAUGAUAAUAAUCAAAAGCGAAUUAAUUCGGGACCUAAAUCACUUCUACAACAUUUACUUAACACGCCGGAUGACGAACAUAUUAUGACAGAUGACGAACGCAUGGAAGGUGUUGAGGUAUCUAUUAAACAAACGGAUUAUACGAUAUUUUUACCAUUGACAACAGAACUCCAAAAAUACGCGGAUAAAAUUGGAGAAAGAUUCGAAAAGGCCGAGCAUAAUAGAAGGGUUUGCAGUGUAUUACUUAAACGUGUUAAUAGCGCUGCAGGCGAAGUGAAAUCUUUACGUCAGCUAAAAAAUGAUUACAAUUGGUUUUUUGAAAAACUACAAGGUGUUAUGAAAUACUUUAAUGAAUAUCGAGCUCACGAAUUUUCGAUGGAUAGAAAAUUUUAUAGUCUUAUUGGCGAAUUUGAAAAGGUAGCAGAAGAACUUACUAUUGCGUUACAAAAUCGUCUCAUUUUUGUUAAACCGAAAGGUCAAAACAUUGAAGACGACAAAGCUAUAAACCUGGAUAUGCGUGAUAUGGAAAAAGUAAUAUAA